CUGUCUCAGGAUCAGAAACCCCGUUUCGGGAGCAAAGCACAAAUCCCCCUGUAUCGGAGGGAAGAGAGAGCGAGCGCGUCUUUCAUGAGCUCACCGGAUUCCGCUGGGAGGGCUGUGCCUUUAAUUCACCAACUGAAAAGUGGAAAAGGAUAUCUGGAGGCGAGGAGGCGUCCCAUUACACAGGAAGGCGCUCCCUAUAUAAGCCAGCCAAAGCUGGCUGCGCUGGCCACAGCCUGCCUACUGUCACAAGCCUCUCUCUAGGCGGGCAGGCACAAAGACAGUGCUUCGUGGUGUGACCCAGGAGAGCGCAUGUGGCCCCCCUGCUGCCGCUCAUUCCCAGGAAAGAUCAUUUCUUCAAGAAGAUACAGAACGUUUGUUUUGGACUCGACUCUGUGCUUCCAACCCCCUAAUUUCAACCUGAGAGUGAAGAACCCUAAGACCCCACCAUCACCCAGCCAAACCUUCCUCAGCCAUGGGGGCCACAGCUCGGCUGUUGGCGGGCAUCGUCGUUGCUUUGCUUGCUCUCUCUGCCAAAGGUGGGGUCCUCAAGAAAGUCAUCCGGCACAAACGACAAAGUGGCGUGAAUGUCACCUUGCCAGAAGAGAGCCAACCAGUGGUGUUUAACCAUGUCUACAACAUCAAGCUGCCUAUGGGGUCCCAGUGUUCAGUGGAUCUGGAAUCAGCCAGCGGGGAGAAGGACGUGGCCCCACAGUCAGAGCCCAGGGAAGGCUUCCAGGAACAUACAGUGGACGGGGAGAAUCAGAUCGUCUUCACACAUCGUAUCAACAUCCCCCGCCGGGCCUGUGGCUGUGCUGCUGCCCCUGACAUCCAGGAGCUCCUGAGCAGGCUGGAGGAGUUGGAGACGGUGGUCUCUGCCCUGCGGGAGCAGUGUACCAUGGGAGCAAGCUGCUGUCUUCAAACUGCAGAAGGCCGCCUGGACACCACGCCCUUCUGUAGUGGCCACGGAAACUUCAGCACCGAAGGAUGUGGCUGUGUGUGUGAGGCUGGCUGGAAGGGGCCCAACUGCUCGGAGCCUGAGUGUCCAGGCCACUGUCACCUGCAAGGCCAGUGCAUAGACGGGCAGUGCAUCUGUGACGAGGGCUUCACCGGUGAGGACUGCAGCCAGCUGGCCUGUCCCAGCGACUGCAAUGACCAGGGCAAGUGUGUGGACGGCAUCUGCGUCUGUUUCGAAGGCUACGCUGGGGCCGACUGUAGCCAGGAGGUCUGCCCGGUGCCCUGCAGCAAGGAGCACGGCAGCUGCGUGGACGGGCGCUGCGUGUGCCAGGACGGCUUUGCGGGCCACGACUGCAACGAGCCGCUGUGCCUCCACAACUGUCACAACCGCGGGCGGUGCGUGGAGAACGAGUGUGUGUGCGACGAGGGCUUCACGGGCGACGACUGCGGGGAGCUCAUCUGCCCCAACGACUGCUUCGACCGCGGCCGCUGCGUCAACGGCACCUGCUACUGCGAAGAGGGCUUCACGGGCGAGGACUGCGGGGAGCUCACCUGUCCCCGCGCCUGCCAUGGCCAGGGCCGCUGCGAGCAGGGCCAGUGCGUGUGCGACGAGGGCUUCGCGGGCCCCGACUGCAGCGAGAAGAGGUGCCCCGCAGACUGCCACCACCAUGGCCGCUGCCUCGACGGCCGCUGCGAGUGCGACGAUGGCUUCGAGGGGCCUGACUGCGGAGAGAUCAGGUGUCCCAAUGGCUGCCACCGCCAGGGCCGCUGUGUCAAUGGGCAGUGCGUGUGCGACGAGGGCUACACCGGGGAGGACUGCAGCCAGCAGCGCUGUCCCAACGACUGCCACCGCCGGGGCCGCUGCGUGCAGGGCAAGUGUGUGUGCCAGUCAGGCUUCCAGGGCUACGACUGCAGCGAGAUGAGUUGUCCCAAUGACUGUCACCAGCACGGGCACUGCGUGAACGGCAUGUGUGUGUGCGACGAGGGCUACAUGGGCGAGGACUGCCGGGACCUGCGGUGCCCCAAGGACUGCAGCCACCGGGGCCGCUGCGUGGACGGCCAGUGUGUGUGCGAAGACGGCUUCGCUGGCCCCGACUGCGCCGAGCUCUCGUGCCCCAGUGACUGCCACCGGCAGGGCCGCUGCGUGAACGGGCAGUGCGUGUGCCACGAAGGCUUCAUGGGCAAGGACUGUCGGGAGCGAAGGUGCCCGGGGGACUGCAGCGGCCAAGGCCGCUGUGUGGACGGCCAGUGCGUCUGCCACGAGGGCUUCACGGGCCUGGACUGUGGGCAGCGUUCCUGCCCCAGUGACUGCCACGGCUGGGGACAGUGUGUUCUCGGCCGCUGCAUCUGCAACGAAGGCCACGCUGGCGCAGACUGCUCAGAGGUGUCCCCUCCCAAAGACCUCAUUGUGACUGAAGUAACGGAAGAGACGGUAAACCUGGCCUGGGACAAUGAGAUGCGGGUCACGGAGUACCUGGUUGUGUACACGCCCACCCAUACCGGAGGCCUGGAAAUGCAGUUCCGAGUCCCCGGGGACCAGACGUCCACCACCAUCCGAGAGUUGGAGCCUGGUGUAGAGUACUUCAUCCGGGUGUUUGCCAUCCUGGAGAAUAAGAGGAGCAUUCCUGUCAGUGCCAGAGUGGCCACGUACUUGCCUACUCCUGAAGGCCUCAGAUUCAAAUCCGUCAAGGAGACGUCUGUGGAAGUAGAGUGGGACCCUCUGGACAUAGCUUUCGAAACCUGGGAGAUUAUCUUCCGAAACAUGAAUAAAGAAGAUGAGGGAGAGAUCUCAAGAAGCCUGAGGAGGCCGGAGACCACAUACCAGCAAACUGGCCUGGCUCCCGGGCAAGAGUAUGAGAUAUCACUGCACAUCGUGAAAAACAACACACGGGGCCCAGGCCUAAAGAGAGUGACAACCACCCGCUUGGACGCCCCGAGCCAAAUCGAGGUGAAAGACAUCACAGACAACACGGCUCUGGUCACCUGGUUCAAGCCCCUGGCUGAAAUUGAUGGCAUUGAGCUCUCCUAUGGAAUCAAAGAUGUGCCGGGUGACCGCACCACCAUUGACCUCACACCUGAUGAGAACCAGUUCUCCAUUGGGAAGCUGAAGCCAGACACUGAGUAUGAGGUGUCCCUCACUUCCCGCAGGGGUGACAUGACCAGCAAUCCGGCCACAGAGACCUUUACAACAGGCCUGGAUGCCCCCCGGAACCUCAGACGCAUCUCCCAGACAGACAACAGCAUCACACUGGAGUGGAGAAACAGCAAGGCAGCCAUUGACAGCUACCGAAUUAAGUAUGCGCCCAUCUCUGAAGGUGAACAUGCUGAGAUAGAUGUUCCAAAGAGCCAGCAAGCCACGACCAAAACCACGCUCACAGGUCUGAGGCCAGGCACCGAAUACGGAAUUGGAGUGUCUGCUGUGAAGGAGGACAAGGAGAGCGACCCAGCCACCAUCAACGUGGCCACAGACAUGGACGCGCCCAAGGAGCUUCAGGUGUCAGAAAUGACCGAAACCAGCCUGCAUCUGCUCUGGAGGAAGCCUCUGGCUGAGUUUGACCACUACCGCCUCAACUACAGCGUCCCCACCGGCCAGUCGAUGGAGGUGCAGCUUCCCAGAGACACCACCUCCCAUGUUCUGAGAGGCCUGCAGCCCGGGCAGCCAUACACCGUCCUCCUCACUGCGGAGAAGGGCAGACGCAGGAGCAAGCCUGCUCGGGUAGUCGCGUCCACAGAUCAAGCCCCUGAACUAGGAAACUUCACGGUGACUGAGGUUGGCUGGGAUGGCCUCAAACUCAACUGGACUACGACUGACCAGACCUAUGAGCACUUUGUCAUUCAGGUGCAGGAGGCCAACAAGGUGGAGGCAGCUCAGAACCUCACGGUGCCUGGCAACCUCAGGGCUGUGGACAUCCCAGGCCUCAAGGCUGCCACCCCCUAUAGAGUCACCAUCUAUGGGGUGACUCGGGGCUAUCGGACACCGGUGCUUUCUGCUGAGGCCUCCACAGGGGACAUCCCCAAGUUGGGAGACGUAGCAGUGACCGCGGUGGGCUGGGACACACUCAAGCUCAACUGGAAGGCUCCAGACGGAGCCUACGAGCUCUUUUUCAUUCAGGUGCAGGAGACAGACACAGAAGAAGCAGCCCGCAACCUCACAGUCCCGGGAGGACAGAGGUCCGUGGACCUCACUGGGCUCGAAGCAGACACUCAUUAUAGCAUCACCAUCCGAGGGGUCAAUCGAGAUUUCAGCACACCCCCCCUCUCUGUUGAAGUCUUCACAGAGGAGAUCUCCCAGCUGGGAGGGUUGACUGUGACUGAGGUUGGCUGGGAUGGCCUCAAACUCAACUGGACCGCGGCUGACCAGGCCUAUGAGCACUUUGUCAUUCAGGUGCAGGAAGCCAACAAGGUGGAGGCAGCUCAGAACCUCACGGUGCCUGGCAACCUCAGGGCUGUGGACAUCCCAGGCCUCAAGGCUGCCACCCCCUAUAGAGUCACCAUCUAUGGGGUGACUCAGGGCUAUCGGACACCGGUGCUUUCUGCUGAGGCCUCCACAGCCAAGGAACCUGAAAUUGGAAAUUUAAAUGUUUCUGACAUAACUCCCACGAGCUUCAAUCUCUCCUGGACAGCUACCGAUGGGGCCUUUGAGAUCUUUACCGUUGAAAUUAUUGAUUCUAAUAGGUUGCUGGAGGUGGUGGAGUAUAAUGUUUCUGGUGCUGAACGAACCGCCCACAUCCCAGGGCUGCCCCCUAGUACUGAUUUUAUUGUCUACCUCUCUGGACUUGCUUCCAGCAUACGCACCCAAACCAUCAGUGCCACCGCCACAACAGAGGCCCCGCCCCUUCUGGAAAACCUAACCAUUUCCGACAUUAAUCCCUACGGGUUCACAGUUUCCUGGAUGGCAGCGGAGAAUGCCUUUGACAGCUUCCUAGUCAAGGUGGUGGAUUCUGGGAAGCUGCUGGACCCCCAGGAAUUCACACUGUCAGGAGCCCAGAGGAAGCUGGAGCUUAGAGGCCUCAUAACCGGCAUUGGCUAUGAGGUUAUAGUCUCUGGCUUCACCCAAGGGCACCAAUCCAAUCCCUUGAGGGCUGAGAUUGUUACAGAAGCCGAGCCAGAAGUUGACAACCUUCUGGUUUCAGACGCCACCCCAGACGGUUUCCGUCUGUCCUGGACAGCUGAUGAUGGAGUCUUCGACAGUUUUGUCCUCAAAAUCAGAGAUACCAAAAAGGAAUCUGAGCCUCAGGAAAUAACCCUUCUUGCCCCUGAACGUACCAGAGAUAUCACAGGUCUCAAAGAGGCCACAGAAUAUGAAAUUGAGCUCUAUGGAAUAAGCAGUGGAAGGCGAUCCCAACCAGUCAGUGCUAUAGCAACCACAGCCAUGGGCUCCCCGAAGGAAAUCGUUUUCUCAGACAUCACUGAAGACUCAGCCACCGUCAGCUGGAUGGCCCCCACUGCCCAGGUGGAGAGUUUUCGGGUUACCUACGUGCCCAUUGUUGGAGGUACACCCUCUGUGGUCACUGUGGGUGGAACCCAGACUGGAACCCACCUGGUGAAACUCAUCCCCGGAAUGGAGUACCUGGUCAGUGUCAUCGCCAUGAAGGGCUUUGAGGAAAGUGAACCCGUGUCUGGAUCACUCACGACAGCUCUCGAUGCUCCGUCUGGCCUGGUGACAGCCAACAUCACCGAUUCAGAAGCCUUGGCCAUAUGGCAGCCGGCCAUUGCCGCUGUGGACAGUUAUGUCAUCUCCUACACAGGAGAGAGAGUGCCAGAAAUUACACGCACCGUGUCGGGGAACACAGUGGAGUACGCACUGACCGACCUGCAGCCUGCAACGGAGUACACCCUGCGAAUCCUGGCGGAGAAGGGGCCCCUGAAGAGCUCAACCAUCACGACCAAGUUCACAACAGACCUGGAUUCUCCAAGAGACUUGACUGCUACAGAGGUCCAGUCGGAAACUGCCCUGCUCACUUGGAGACGCCCCCGGGCAUCUGUAACUGGUUACCUCCUGGUCUAUGAAUCCGUGGAUGGGACAGUCAAGGAAGUCAUUGUGGGUCCAGACACCACUUCCUACAGCCUAGCAGAUCUGAGCCCAUCCACCCAUUACACGGCCAAGAUCCAGGCAUUGAAUGGGCCCUUGAGAAGCAAGUUGAUCCAGACUAUCUUUACCACAAUUGGACUCCUGUACCCCUUCCCCAGAGACUGCUCCCAAGCCAUGCUCAACGGAGACACCUCCUCCGGCCUCUACACAAUUUAUCUGCAUGGCGAUAAGGCCCAGGCCCUAGAAGUCUACUGCGACAUGACCUCUGAUGGGGGUGGCUGGAUUGUGUUCCUGAGACGCAACAGUGGACGGGAGGAUUUCUAUCGCAACUGGAAGGCCUAUGCUGCUGGAUUUGGGGACCGCAGAGAAGAAUUCUGGCUUGGGCUGGACAACUUGAAUAAGAUCACAGCCCAGGGCCAGUACGAGCUCAGGGUGGACCUGCGGGACCAUGGAGAGACAGCCUACGCCGUCUACGACAGGUUCAGUGUGGGCGAUGCCAAGACGCGCUACAAGCUGAAGGUGGAGGGCUACAGUGGCACAGCAGGGGACUCUAUGGCCUACCACAAUGGCCGAUCCUUCUCUACAUUCGACAAAGACACAGAUUCGGCCAUCACCAACUGCGCCCUGUCCUACAAGGGGGCUUUCUGGUACAAGAAUUGUCACCGUGUCAAUCUGAUGGGCAAAUAUGGGGACAACAACCACAGUCAGGGUGUUAACUGGUUCCACUGGAAAGGCCACGAACACUCCAUCCAAUUUGCUGAGAUGAAGCUGAGACCCAGCAACUUCCGAAAUCUUGAAGGCAGGCGCAAGCGGGCAUAAAUUCCAGGGACAACUGGGUAAGGGAGGAGGCGGGCCCAGAGAAAGGAAAGAAUUGUACCAAAGGAUCAAUACAACCAGUCCAACCAUCCAGCCACACCUGGACACGUGGCAUGAGUCAAAGUUCACCUUGGAUCACUGAGGCCAACAGGAACAACAAGCAAGCUCGAUCACUUGGCGAUUACUUCCUUCGCACCAAAGACAACAGUCUCCAUAGGUUUCUGUCUUGAUACAGCAAACAUCUUCCAGUGACAGCAUCACCAUGAUUUUGACUUCUCUUGGGUGGCUCUGGGAAUGGGAGUGGGGUAGGCUGUACAUUGGUAGUUUGUUAUAGGACCAGCUGUAUCUUACACAAAGCUGUAUAAUUAAUGAUCGCUAUUUUUGUUAGCAAGGUUUUAAAUAUGUGUCAUUGGAAGACGUCCCUUUUUUACAUUUCAUACACCAGAAACAAGGAAAGCAAUAUCAUUUUGAUCUUAAGGACAUGAUUAAUAGUAUUAAUAUAAUAAUAAUGUUGAUGAUAAAAACUAAGUGUUUUUAAAGAGAUCUCGUUUCCAAAACACAGCUGGACAGUACCUGAUUGUAAUUUUGGUGGUUGUGGUUUUGGGGGGUUUGUUUUUUAAUAAAAACACAAGUACUUUUAA